AUGGCAGACCUCAACGCUCUACUGCUAGAGCUCAACCCCGCGCAGCUCAAAGCCGUUCAGCAUCCACCGCAAAUCCCUUUGCAAAUCCUGGCAGGGCCCGGCAGUGGCAAGACCAAGGUCCUCACAAUGCGCAUUGCACACCUCAUCACAAACUGCUACCUUCCUCCAUGGUCACUGUGCGCGGUGACCUUCACGAAUAAGGCUGCGAACGAAAUGCGCGAACGACUCGUGAAGCUCAUCGGCAAGGACAAUACCGCCCAGAUCAAGAUGGGCACUUUCCACGCGCUAUGUGCCAAGUUUCUCAGGAAAUACUCUAGAGUGGUUGGAAUUGAGGGGAACUUCACCGUGUGCGAUGCGGAUGAGAGCAAGAAGAUCAUCGCAAAGCUCCUCAAACCAUACAAAGAUAUCCUCUCGAACAAGAACAUCACGCUGAAAGAGGGCAGCAUUGUGGGCAUCAUCUCUAAGGUGAAGGCCAAGGGUUGGACCGCCGACGAUGCGCGGCGCCAUGUCGAAGAACGAAACGCAGAAACUCCCCAACAACGAAAGGCUCGGUUAUUGGCGGGAAAGAACGACCUAUGGGAGGGUGAGAUUGGAGAAAUCCUGGCCGCGAUAUACAAGGACUAUGAGAAGACGUUGCGUGAUUCAAACAGCCUGGACUUCGAUGAUCUGCUGGUGUUCGGCGUGAAGCUCUUCGCUCAGCACGCGAAGGCUUCGAGUUGGUGUCGACAUGUUUUGGUCGACGAAUACCAAGAUACGAAUAUCAUGCAGUAUGAUCUCAUGACACACAUCGCUCGUGCCAGCCAAUGCGUAACUAUUGUAGGGGACCCCGACCAGUCUAUAUACGGAUGGCGCUCUGCGGAAGUUGAGAAUCUGGCCAAGAUGGAACGAGACUUUCCUACGACCCAGCAGAUACAUUUGGAGCAGAACUAUCGCUCUACGAGCUCUAUCUUGGCUCUGAGUAUAGCCAUCGUCUCUCAGGACAAGGGCCGUAUACAGAAGACCUUGCACACGGCGCAUCCCAAGGGGCCUGUUCCUGUGCUACGCAUUUUCCCCAUCGAACAGGUCGAGGCGGCAUUCAUCGCGGCGGAGAUCAAGCGACUCGUCGCGUACAGCGGCGGGAUGUUCAACUGGGGCGACUUCGUGGUCUUGCUACGGUACAACGCACACUCCCGAGCUAUUGAGAACGCUCUUCAGAAAGAGCGCAUUCCCAAUAGGGUCUUAGCUGGCCAGAAGUUCUUCGAACGCAUGGAGAUCAAAGACGUUCUUGCGUACCUGCAGCUGGUCGACAACCCACAGUUUACGCCGGCCUUCUUGCGCGUCGUCAAUGUCCCCGCUCGUGCUGUAGGGGAGAAAACGGUCCAUCAAAUAACGUUGCGUGCCGAAGAGCUCAAGAUCUCCCCUAUGCAAGUGGUGGAACGCAUCAUAGAUGGGAAGAUCCCGGACGUCAAGCCCCCAGUGAAGAAGAAGCUGGCGCCCUUCGUCGACACCCUUCGUAUCCUCAGGAAGCAUGCAAAUGCCGGCAUCGCACCAUCGAAGCUAGUCAACGCGGUCGUCGACACGAUCAACUACGCGGACCAUCUGCGGAAGACGCAGCCGGAUUGCGACAGCCGCUGGGACAACGUCCAGGAGCUCGUAAACUUUGCGAGCGAGGUCGAGAGGAGUGCCCCAGACGAUGUCGCGCGCCGCAUGAAUAAAGCGGAUGACGACAUACACAAGGAGAAGGGAGACGAGUCGGAGGAGGAAAGCGAAGAGGAGUGGGCGGAUGAGGUUGACGAGUUUGACGGGGACCAGGUUCAGCCGGGACAGGUGCGAACUGCUCGAGGCGAUACGCCGUUGCGACUGUUCUUGCAAGCAUCAAUGCUGUCCACGGAUACGGAGACACCAGAGGAAGAGAAGAGCCAGGCUAAAGUUACGAUAUCCACCUGUCACGCUGCGAAAGGGCUGGAAUGGCCUGUCGUCAUGAUUCCCGCAGUCGAAUGCGGAGUCUUCCCCUCCACUCGUGCGGAAGACACCGCCGAGGAGCGACGAUUACUCUACGUCGCGUGUACUCGCGCGCAAAGUCUGCUCUACCUGACCCAUACGGAGUCGCGCAUGAUGUCUGGAGAGUACAAACCUCAAACGAUCUCCUCGUUCGUCGGCGCCGUGCGCACAGACCCCAAGACGAAAGAUCUUUUCACUGAGGAUCUUCCCGCCCUACCCCUCGAGGACCGGAAGACAAUCGCGGCGGUAAUCAACCGCACACUCCCGGAGGAAAUCGAAGUCGUUCGCCAAGUAGCCGAAUAG